AACUGAAUCAUCAACAGCAGAACCAGCACCAGAACCACCAACAACAACAGAAACUACAACCACAAAAGUUCAACCUGCUUUAAAACCAAAACCAACAACAACAACAGAAACUACAACCACAAAAGUUCAACCUGCUUUAAAACCAAAACCAGCAACAACAACAGAAACAACAACAACAAACACUACAACAACAAAAGUUCAACCUGCAUCUAAACCCGAACCAACAACAGAAACUACAACAGCAAAAGUUCAACCUGCAUCAACACCAGAACCAACAACAACAACAACAACAACAAAAUUUCAACCUGAAUCUACACCAGAACCAACAACAACAGUCACAAGUAUAGUGACAACUGUUUCACCCAGGGAAACAACAGAAGAAUUUAUAAUCACAAAUGCAACUACAGCUUGUACCAGCACAUACAACGACAUCAUGUUUGUUAUGGACAGUUCAGCUUCAUUAACCACAGAAGAUUAUUCAUUAUCAAUCUCUUUUAUUAAACAAGUUGUAGCCAAGUUUAAUCUUACUACAACGCAUGUUGGGGUAAUGCAGUAUUCCCACUACUUUCAAUCAAGGUCACUUGAAGACCAACCAUAUUUGGAGACUGUGAUAAGAAUUGGUCAGUUCAAUAGAAAGCAAGAUUUUGAUAAUGCAAUGGAUAGCAUGCGGCAACAUGGCUUUAAAACCUACACUGCUCAAGCCGUGUUAAAAGCUCUAGAAGUUGACUUUCCAUCUGCACAAAGAUAUUCUGACCCCUGCACUGUUAAGUCGAUUGUUCUGAUCACAAAUGGGAGAUCAUCAGAUGUUCGAAAAAUUCCAGAAGUUUCUCUCCGUGCUCGAAACCUCGGUAUUCGGAUAUUUGCGAUUGGUGUUGGUCGGCACAGCUGGACCGAACUUCAGAUAUUGACAGUGGGUGAGAUAGGAAACAACUCAAGGUUUUUUUCCUUCCCAAGUUAUUCUAAACUUCCAUUCAUAAUUCAACAACUGGUGGCGCAGCUUAUGGCUCAAUGAAGAAUUUUAUAAUCACAAGACUACAUGAAGUUGCUUUGCAAGCUUUAUUCAAGUCAUUCUAGUUAAUAAAAAUUAUAUCAUGGUG